AUGGGGUCGUUGCAAAGGCAGACAAGUCCUGAAUCCGACAAUGAUCCGAGGUACGCGACGGUCACGGAUGAGAGGAAAAGGAAGAGAAUGAUCUCAAACCGAGAAUCAGCUCGGAGGUCAAGGAUGAGGAAACAGAAGCAACUCGGCGACCUGAUCAACGAAGUGACGGUUCUCAAGAACGAUAACACCAAGAUCACCGAGCAAGUUGAAGCAGCGACAAGGAAAUACGUCGAAAUGGAGUCUAAGAACGACGUCUUGAGAGCACAAGCCUCGGAGUUAACGGACAGGUUGAGAUCACUUAACUCUGUCCUUGAGAUGGUUGAAGAUAUUAGUGGUCAGGCUUUGGAUAUCCCAGAGAUUCCCGAAUCUAUGCUUAACCCGUGGCAGAUUCCUUGUCCGAUGCAACCAAUCAUGGCUGCUGCUGAUAUGUUUGAAUGCUGA